AGCAGUACUUGACUGGAGGGAUGUGUUGUUUUGCCUUUCUUCUGCCCAAAUUCACGCCGCCGCCGCUCACACUCCUCCUUCCGCCGGGAGAGGACAGAAACUCCUUGUUUUCACCGGGAAAAGACAGAAAGAAGGACCGGUGACAUGUUUACGUCUUCGGCGAGGACAAGGGUGUCGUAGUUCCCGCGUGUGAAGAUGAGUGUAGCCACUACUGACUCCUUCACCACUCAACCUAUUUUAUUCUUAUUUUAUUAACUUAAUUUUUUUGGAAUUCUUGCACUUUUUGGAUUCGGAGCGACGUCCCCGAGGAAAGCAAACACGAGGUCCACCGGCGAAAACUUUCAUUGAGUAAAGAGAUGACCCUCGUCUUGUCCAUGAAUCCUUUCCUGGAGCCAGAGAGAGAACCUCAUCUUUCCACUUUCCAGCCGGGAUGGAAAAGCCAGCGCUGCAGUAAGACCUGCUUGGCGAGGAGCACCCCGUCCAAUCACACCCAGGAGAAAUCAAAACAAGAACCUCCCCUUGGCCGACUUGCUGAGCAGGUGUCAAUGUCAACUCUCUCCUUCUUCAAGAGGAAGUUUGUGGACCACGAUGAGGCUUCCUUCAGUUUCAGGACAUACUGCCAAACUGUGGCACCAGUUCUGGAGGAGCGGGCACACGUGCUGCGUCUCUCCCUGGAGAAGAUGCGUUUCAUCGACGACCCCGAGGCGUUUCUGCGGCGCUCGGUCCUGGUCAACAACCUCCUCCGCCGUCUGAGGACAGAGAUCCUCCUGCAGAGCACCGACUGGUGCUUCCCUGCCAACCCGCUUCUGACCACCAUCUUGCCGCCCGGCUCCAGUCCCACACACCAGACGCUCAGCAGGACCGGACCCGCACCGAUCUGCUUGCCGCCCCAAGCCGGACCACCCUUUCGCAAGCGGCUCCGCAUGGUGCGGGCGGGACCGGGGGAGGACUGUGCGCAGACAUGUUGUUGCCUCUACACCGCGGGUCACUACCUUCCCCUCCCGCUGUCCGUGUAUCAGGCAGAACUGCCCUCGCCGCACUCGUCCUCCGUCUUGCAGGCGCCCGGUCAGCGCAAGUUCGGACGGAACGCCGUAGAAGGCCACGAUGGCGAGGGAGAGGAGAUGGACCACCAGGAAGUUAGUGAAAGAAGACAAUCUGAUCAGGUCCAAGGCAAGUCCAAACAGAAAAGUCGGACUCGGAGCCUGCUGGGCCGUGCCAGGAACCAGGCGGACUGUGCCAGGACCCAGGCGGACCGCUGCUUGUCAGGUAGCACGGGAGAAGAGGAGGAGGUGGAGGAGGAAGAGGAAGAGGAGGAGGAGGAGGAGGAGGAAGGUGAACUCCGGGAAGACGAAGAGGUGACACAUUGUGAAUGGAACCCAGAAGAUCUUCUCAGGGUCCACUACUGGUACCAGCGGGGCCACAGACAGAAGCAGAGCGGUACACGGAGUCACAGAGAAGGACUUUCUGAGUUGUACUUCAUGCUGAGAGAAAGAUCUGUGAAAAGCAGUCCUCUCUCGGGUCAGGACUCACCAGUUCCUCACAAGGGUGUGCAGUCAAAGACUCCCAGUCGUGGUCGAGCCCUUGGACUCUGCAGCAGACAUCCGGCACAUGUGUUCAACCCCUCAUCUCCUGAGUGGAUGUCUGAUAUCACCCACCUGAGACAUCUCUGCCUCUCAUGCAACACCUGUGACACCUGACACAGCCACACCUGACCACCCUGCUGCUGCUGCCGCCUUGGACGCCCUGCCUGCAGUCUGCCUCGGUACGUCUGAGAGAGGGAGAGUGAUGAUGGUGUGUCACUGGAACCAGCAAGUCUCUCUCCUCGGUCUUCAGCGUCCACUCUGGCUGUCUGCAGCACCUUCUUGGACACAAGUGGAAAAUAAUUGCAAGCCUGCGACACACUCCAGCAGGACUAUUGAGGCCAAGGACUUCAUCCAGCCAGCUAAGUCCUGAAGAUUGUGUCUGAUGUUUGAUGACAAAAAUACAUUUGUAUUACAAAUGUUUGCAUGCAUGUCUGCUUAUUAUGACCACAAAAUGUUUAUAUUUAUGUCUGAAUACCGUAUUUCCUUAAAAUUGCCGCCAGGUAUAUAGUAUGGUCCUGCCUAGAAUUACUGCCAGGUCAAACUCGUUCCGCAAAAUAAAUAACGCAUGUUUAGGAUCACCGCCAAUUGAGGAUUAACGCCGGGUCAAACUCGUUUCGCAAAAUAUUAUUUUUAUUAGCGCAUGUUUAGAAUUUCCGCCGGGUCAAAACUCGUUUCGCAAAAUAAUUAGCAUAUGCCUAGAAUUUCCGCUGGUCAUACUCCUCACGUCAUCAUUUUCAAAAUGGAGGAAGAUGAUUUCAAUCAUUUGAAAUCGCAUAAAGGGAAGAAGAUUAAGAACUAUUCAGUAGGAUUUAGCUAUUGAAUAUGCUAAAAAGAGCAGUAAGCAGUUAUGUUUUAUUAAUAUACCAUAGCUGCGUGUGUCAAAUAUGAGUCAUUAAAUGACUCCCGCCUCCUGGUGGUAGAGGGCGCUAGUGAUCCUUCUUGCGACUACUCUGCUGCAGAAGAAGUGACAACAAGCAGCAAGAGUGAGCUGCGAUCUUUAAUUUUUUCUUCUCGCUUGCACUUUUAACAUGGAGGAUUACAUAACCGAAAUAAAACCGUUUUCUAAACUGGACUUUCAAUCGAAGCAGGAGGUAAUAAAGGAAGCUUUUCAUCGAGACAGAGAGACUUUUAAAACUGAAGAAAGAUAAGGAAGACUUCUAGAAACAAGUUAUCAAUGCUUUUGAUCAGAAGUAAAGGUAAGACCAUAAUAAAGUUUUUUUGAUUAAAUGUGCUUUUCAUGAUGGUAUCCUUACAUCACACUCAAAUUUAUAAGCGCAGGCUUAAAUUUACCGUAUGCCUUUGGUAAGUGCCGGAGUGAUAAGAGGUUUUAAAAUAAUUAGCGCAUGCUUGCCUUUACCACAUGCCUAGACGAUGUUUUAAAUUAAUUGGCGCCCCGGCGGCAAUUCAAGGAAAUACGGUAUGAUAGUAGAAAGUACCCCAAAUUUCCUGUUCAUUUCCAUUAAUUCCUAUGAACGUUGUCCAACUUUGAAUAAACAAAAAAUGGUCAAUAUUUCCAAA